AUGCUUCGAUACCACACGCAAGGCUAUAGCGGUUACGGUGUACAGUACUCACCUUUUUUUGACAAUAAAGUAGCGGUGGCAACCGGCUCCAACUUUGGUCUUGUCGGUAACGGAAAGUUGUUCAUUAUUGAUAUCGACAACCAAGGCAGAAUGCUCGAAACAAAAUCGUUUGUAACUCAGGAUGGGCUCUUUGAUGUUGCGUGGAACGAACUGCAUGAAAACCAUGUGCUAGUCGCGCAAGGUGACGGAUCCCUCAGGCUCUUCGACAUUCAGCUCAAUGACUAUCCUGUAGCCAUCUUUCAGGAGCAUGAGAAAGAAGUUUUUAGUUGCAACUGGAAUCUCAUUAACAAGCAGCUUUUUGUAAGCAGUUCAUGGGAUGGCACCGUUAAAGUUUGGACCCCGAUGAGGCAGUCUAGCUUGACGACCCUUACACCUAAACCCAUGACGGCGCAUAACUCAGCACUGUCGUCCAAGGACAUUCCAAUGUCUAACCAAAAAAGGCACACAUCCCUAUCAAAGAACAAAAACUGUAUAUACCAGUCGCAGUUUUCGCCUCACGACCCAAAUAUUGUCAUGAGCUGCGCUGGAAAUUCCUACGUAACUAUGUUUGAUCUGCGGCAGCCAGCUAACGCAAAUCAGUACAGUUUCAUGGCCCACAAUGGCAUGGAGACUUUGACUUGUGACUUCAACAAAUACAGAUCACAUAUCAUCGCAACUGGUGGCGUUGAUAACAUGGUUAAGGUUUGGGAUCUUCGCAUGGUAAGAAAGAUGGCAGCAAACUCGAGACAACCGAUGAGUGUGAACGAAAUAUGUGGACAUGACUUGGCAAUAAGAAAAGUUUCUUGGUCACCUCAUCAUUCUAACAUGCUGCUUUCUACAUCUUAUGAUAUGACAUGCAGGGUGUGGCAAGAUUUGAGCGAUGACGGGCGCCGACCAACUGGUAAAACAAAUAGCAUUGACCCCACACACGGUUGUAGAUUCAUCUUUUCGCAUCACACAGAAUUUGUUUUCGGAGCGGACUGGAGUCUUUGGGGACAACCUGGAUACGUCGCGUCCACUUCAUGGGAUGGCGAUGUUUGUAUAUGGUAUGCUUUUGCAAGGUAA